UCAUCAGGUCGGUCUAACUGGGGUACGGCUUCUACUGCAUGAAUAUCCCCGGAAGACGAUCUGUUGCUGCGGAAGAUCCCUUCGUCCUCUGUACUAUAUCGUGCUGGAUGUUAAUUGCAGUUGUGCUUUGAAUUAGCAGACUUCGCUAUAUUAUAUCGCUCAUUAUCUGUUGAAUUGGUGCAUUUCAAAGUCUUUUGAUUGUGCGACCACAUUCGACUCAUCUGGAGGUUCAACCGGGCUCCGCUGGCUACACGCUCAUCCGUCAUCCUGAAGCUUGCCUCCUGUUCCCUCAUUUGUGAUUUAAUUCUUGACCUACCGGGCCUUGCGCACGUCCUAUUUUUGGGCUUCAUCUUCUCUUUUAUUUUUUUACAUCGCCAUGCUUUCUGCAGGCAUGACACGCUUGCUGCACCCUUCACGGGCUAGGUUUGGUCUUGGCUUGUUGUGCAACUCUGCCGUUUACCAGCCACAUGGGCAGCUGUACCAUGGAUAUUCAGUCCACUCUCGAUCCGUGUCUGCGUUGGCUGUGUGGCCUACCCUAGAUCGUUCAUCGAUCCAAAUUUCAAAAUCUGGGAGCCGCCUCGCUUCAUUUUCAAGAACUUCGAUUCGGACCCAAAAACGAUGGUCAACCUCACAAACCCCGGGCGACCCAAAAAGCCAGGUCCCGGAAGAAUCUAAAUCUGCCGCGAAGCGCAUUCUCUCCAAGAUACCCAUGGGAAAAGGAAGCCAUGAGAACAUCUAUACCAUCCCUAAUAUCCUUACCUUCUCUCGGCUGGUAGCGGCCCCCGUUGUGGGAUAUUUGCUGGUUCACGACUAUCAUGCGGCCGCACUGUCGCUCUUCGCGUAUGCGGGUAUUACCGAUCUAGUCGAUGGCUGGAUUGCCCGAAAGUACAACCUGCAGACGGUCGUGGGAACCAUCAUUGACCCGAUGGCCGACAAGCUUCUCAUGACGAUUGGAGUGGCCUGUUUGGCCGUGAACGGCUCUCUUCCAGUGUGGCUGGCCGUCAUUAUUCUCGGUCGCGACGUUGGCCUGGCUAUCUCGGCCAUCUAUUAUCGCUGGAUCUCACUCCCCCCGCCAAAAACCAUGGCUCGCUACUGGGAUUUCUCGCUCCCCUCUGCUGAAGUGAAGCCCACCGAGAUUUCCAAGAUUAACACUGCCCUACAAUUGGUCCUGGUCGGGACUGCGAUCGGCCUGCCCGUGGUGCCGGAGGCGAUUAUUAGUGCGUGGCAUUUGAGUGAGGCCAUGACUGGAUUCCAGUAUCUAGUUGCGGCUACCACCAUCUGGUCGGGCAUGAGCUACGUCUUCUCCAACAACGCGGUUAAGAUCUUGACCAAGGAGGAGAUUCAAAAGCGUAUCGCUCAGGCUGAAGCGAAGCGUAAGCAUUGAGUUCAGUCCGUAAAGCCAUCAGUACCUUGUUGGCUAUGUACAGUACAAACAUUGCAUCUGGGCGCUUUAGCUUUUUCAUAGCAUGUUUCUCUUGCAUUCCUUUGUAUUCAAAGAUCGAUUUCCAAUACUACAACCUUACGUAUAGGGAGCAUACAUCAAGCCCUUGAAUAAAUCAAAGGCGCCCAGGAAAUAAAGUCCUGGUGUUUCGUCAAGAAGCUCGCUUCAAAGAUUCUCUUUCCCCCUAGAUGAGAACGCCGAUAACUAUGUGCUCGAUCAACAAGAUAUUUCCUGGAGAGCUUCCUUAGAAAAGAAAAAAUACAAGGGCCAUCUUGCUGGAGAAAGUGUACCAAGUGACUGAGAUGAUAUCUUUCUUUUAGCUUAGAAGGAUCAGCCUCAUACGGACUGACCCACCAGAAACAUGAA